CUGGAGAAGAUAGUUUGACAUCUUCCGACGGAAGCGCGGCAGAUUGCGGCGGAGGCCGGACGAGCGCCAUGGCGGCCUACGAGCAGGUCCAGAAGGGGCCGCUGAAGCUGAAAGGCGUCGCCGAGCUGGGCGUGACCAAGCGGAAGAAGAAGAAGCAGGAGAAGGACAAGGCCAAGCUGCUGGAAGCGAUGGGCACCAGCAAGAAGAACGAGGAGGAGAAGCGGCGCGGCCUGGACAAGCGGACCCCGGCGCAGGCGGCCUUCGAGAAGAUGCAGGAGAAGCGGCAAAUGGAGAGGAUCCUGAAGAAGGCGUCCAAGACCCACAAGCAGAGGGUGGAGGACUUCAACCGGCACCUGGACACGCUGACUGAGCACUAUGAUAUCCCCAAAGUGAGCUGGACCAAGUAGCCUGGAACUGUGUUUGGGGUCCCCUGGUGCUCUGCAUGGCCCAUUUGGAAGGCUUAAUUAAAGCAGCUGC